AUGUUUAUAAAGUUAUAUGACAUAAUUGUAGCUUUCUUUAGUGUAAUUUUGGACAUUUUUUUUCGUGAAGUUAAAUCAAGAGGAUCACAUAAAAUACCUAAAGAAGGUCCUGUAAUUUUUGUUGCUGCUCCUCACGCAAAUCAAUUUGUUGAUCCGUUGGUUUUAAUGCGACAUUGUCAAAGACAAGUUUCAUUUUUGAUUGCUGAAAAAUCAAUGAAACGUAGAUAUAUUGGUUCAAUUGCCAAAGCAAUUAACGCAAUUAUGGCUUAUAAUCAAUUGUUAAAGUAUCAUGGAUUGAAAGAUCAUCAAGUAAAUAAAACAGUCGAAGAUGGCUGUCGUGUAUUAUUUUUAUUAAUCUAUAGAAUAAUUGUAUUAACUAUUUGGAUUAUAUUGGGAUUGCCUGGAUUUAUUCUUAAUCUUCCGCUUAUAAUAAUUGCUCGUGUAAUAAGUGCAAAGAAAGCUAAAGAGGCAGUAGAAUCUUCUAGUGUAAAAGUUGCCGGACGUGAUGUCCUUGCUACUUGGAAAUUGUUGGUUGCACUUGUUGUCACCCCGUUAUUAUAUGGAUCAUAUGCGUUAAUAAUACUUUUUAUGGCAUAUAAAUAUGAAUGGAAAAUAUUAAACUUUGGAAUAUUUACACCAUUUGUAAUAUUGACGAUGAUUUUUAUUGAUAGCUAUGCAACAAUGAGAUUGGCCGACACUGGACAUGAUAUUUAUAGAUCACUUCGACCACUUUUCUUAUCGUUAAUUCCUUCAACAAAAUCAUAUUUUCAAACAUUGAGAGAAGUCCGUGAACAAUUAUCAUAUGAUCUUACAGAAUUAAUAAAUGAACUUGGACCAAAAAUUUAUCCAGACUUUGAUAAUUCACGUUUAGUUAGAGAAGUUAAGGGGAAAAGCAGAAGUGGAUCAGCUUCACCUUCACCAUCUAGACCAUCAUCUACAGGGUUACAAUUUAGUAGUUUCUUGACUAUUUCAGAUUGGUUAUCUGAAAAAAAUUUGGAUUGGGAGAGAGCUGAUGAUUCAGACUAUGAUGAUGUAUUUUUCUUUUUAGAUCAACAGAAUGGAAAAAUAACGGGACGUAGUAGAUCAAAUUCACGGACACGGAUAAAAGAUCAGGGCUCAAGAAGUAGGUCAAGCUCAAUUGGAUCAAAUAAUGAUGGGGGUUUGGGAAGUAACGGGAACACUAUUGGGAUUGAGCCUUUAUCAACUGUUGAUCAAUCACCAGAAAUUGAAAGAAACCGUUCAGAUCUUUCUUUACCUAAAUUUACAUUUAAAGAUUGUGACGAAGAUUCUGGCUAUCAUGGCGAUAAAGAAUAUGAUGACAAGAUUGAAACUAAAAAAGAAGUUUAA